GGUGGCUUGACUUUGCUUUUAUUGAAUAUCAAGGUACCUCUGUCUUGCAUUCCCAUCUAUCUGUUACUGAAUAACCCAUAAACUGGGUCUUGUAUAUGUUUGUUUCCAGCCGUUCAUUCAUCUCCUUCAACAUCCUAUCUGCUAAACCAAACUAUUUACAAGAAAAAGACUUUGCGAUGUCUACACUCAAAAUCUCCAUUGCAAUUCUCUGUCUAUCUUUGCUUGCUCUGGCAAUUGAAGCAGAUCCUUCUUACCUUGCCUGUUCAUGUUCAAAUACCACAACUUUCAUCCAAAACAGCACUUACAAUCACAAUCUCAAUCUUCUCCUUUCCUCGCUGGCCUCCAACGCCACUGGCAACAAUGGCUUCUACAACACCACAGUUGGCCAGGCGUCUGACACAGUCUACGGCCUCUUCCUCUGCCGCGGAGAUUUAACUGAUCAAGUCUGCCAAGAGUGUCUCAACUUCGCUACCCAGUUUGUACUAGUACAGUGUCCAGUACAAAAGGUAGCCAUAAUUUGGUAUGAUGAGUGUUUUCUACGCUACUCAAACCAAUCAAUCUUCUCUACUGUGACUGAGACACCAACGCUGCAAAUGUGUAACUCAGACAACGUUAUAGAACAAAACAUAUUCAACCAGCUCGUAGGAGCCACAAUGAAUGAUACAGCUACCCUGGCUGCAAGUAAUCCACCUGGUACUAAAAAGCUUGCAACAAAUGAAGCAAAAUUUACGCUGGAGCAGACGGUGUAUGCACUUGUGCAGUGCACGCCGGACCUGUCUGAGGCUAAUUGCAGAGGAUGUCUUGCGAUAGCUAUUUGGAAUCUUUCAAGGGUUUGUCGUGGGAGGCGAGGAGGAAGAUUUUUGUUGCCUAGUUGUGACGUCAGGUAUGAAACCUACCGCUUCUAUAAUGAAUCUGCAGUUAUGGCUUCACCACCUGCAUCUGUACCGGCUCUUCCUCCUUCACCUUCAAGGACUAAAGGAAAAAGACAACCUUCGUGGAAGAGAAUUGUCACGAUUGUUGCUGCAAUUGUUGCAUUAGUGGUGCUUUUCCUUGUGGGUUACUGGUUGUUAUGCCGGAGAGGCAAAAAGAAAUACCAAAAUGCUGGGAAUGAUAUUCCGACUAUAGAGUCAUUGCAAUUUGAUUUGGGAACCAUUAAAUCCGCAACACGAAAGUUUUCAGAUGAUAAUAAGUUAGGACAGGGUGGAUUUGGUGUGGUUUACAAGGGGACACUUCACAGUGGACAAGAUAUAGCAGUGAAGAGGCUAUCAAGAAGUUCUGGUCAAGGUGCAAAAGAAUUUAAAAAUGAGGUUGUAGUGGUAGCCAAGCUUCAACACAGAAAUCUGGUCAGGCUGUUGGGAUUUUGCUUAGAAGGAAAAGAAAAGAUUCUGGUCUACGAAUUCGUGUCUAACAAAAGUCUAGACUUUUUUCUAUAUGAUCCUGAAAAACAAGGUCACUUGGAUUGGCUAAAACGUUACAAUAUCAUCGAAGGGAUUGCUCGGGGUAUCCUUUAUCUGCACCAUGAUUCUCGGCUUAGAAUUAUACACAGAGAUCUCAAACCAAGCAAUAUAUUAUUAGAUGGAGAUAUGAAGCCAAAGAUCUCAGAUUUUGGAAUGGCAAGGAUUUUCGGAGUUGAUCAAACUCAAGGAAUCACAAAUAGAAUUGUUGGAACUUAUGGAUACAUGCCUCCAGAGUAUGCGAUGCAUGGACAAUUUUCUAUCAAGUCCGAUGUCUAUAGUUUUGGAGUUUUGGUUCUGGAGAUUAUUGCUGGAAAGAAGAACAGUUCUUUCUAUCACAUAGAUGUUAUUGAGAACCUACCAAGCCAUGCUUGGAAGCUUUGGAGAGCUGAAACACCAUUGGAAAUGUUGGAUCCUACUCUAAGGGACUCCUAUUCAAGAGAUGAAGUAAUUAGAUGCAUACAUCUGGGGUUAUUAUGCGUCCAGGAAGAUCCUACUGUGAGACCCACAAUGGUGGACCUUGUGUCUAUGCUACACAAUUACUCUCUGAGUCUUCCUUCACCCCAACAGCCGGCGUUUUUUCUGCAUGGUAGAACAGAGCAUAACUCAUCUCAAUCAACAACCAAGUCAUUGCCAUCAUCGGAUAAUGAAGCAUCAAUUACUCAAUUGCAGCCUAGAUAAAACUACCCAAUGGAGAUUGGAGGCAAUUAUAUUGGAGCUCCUCUGUUUUACCAUGGCUACUCUGUUUUCUUUCUCUGCUCCGAAACAGGGGGGCUAAAACAGAGACGAUGAAGGAAUAAAACCCUUCACAAGAAAACUUAGUUUAAAGUUCUUAAGCAUCACAUAUUCUCUGUGUUUCACUACAUUUCAGAAGCAAUGAUGUUGAAGCUCCUUUGUGUAUGGCUACUCUGUUUCUUUCUUGUGCUACGAAACAGGGGACUGAAGCAGAGCCAAUAGACCAGAGUCUUAAAGGAGGCAAGAAAACCACUAUUGAGAAAGCAUUAGCUUAAUCUUCUUCGGUUUCAAAAGUCUUUUUUGUUUUUCCCAGUUUCACUGAUGCAAUCUUAUUGGAGCUCCUCUGUUCCUCUCCUGCCCUACGAAACUGGGUGCUAAAGCACUGACCCCCUGAAGAAGCAAUUUCGACCAAGUCUGAUGCUGAAGGUCUCUUUCAUUCAGCCUUCUAUUUUCUGAGAAGGACUUGCUAGACAAUGAAAAUUGGGUGUGAAGGCAAAAAGAAGACCGAAGGCACCAAGUGAGAAUUGAAAUUGACAUCGUUUAAUCUUCUCAUUAUUUUUGUUUGCAUGUAUAAACAAGUAAAGAUGACCACUAUUUUCUGUAGUAAAAAGCUUUUAUUGCACAAGUCAUAAUGAGGUAGUCCAGGCCCUUCGACCAUGGCAUCUCUGACUUUUCUCACA